AUGCCGGAAUUGCUGGAUAUUAUCUACCCCUGGCCUGUUGUCUCCACGCUCGCUCUGUACCUAGGAGUUGGCGACCUGAUCCAGCUGUCUCGAGUCAGCACGGGCUGCCGCGCUGCGCUGCAUGGCUUCCCACGGCCGCGUCCCGACGACGGCGCUGGAGACUGGAUCCGGGUCCGCGCGGAGAUUUUUAUUGGAAUGCACCAGAGCUCGUACUGGCGGAAUCUGAAAUCAAUAGCGCAAAUGUCCUGCGCCGAGGCAAAUCAUCGGCGGGGUUAUCGCGCGGAGCUGUGUCGGUACUGCUCGAUUCCGGUGUGUGACGCAUGCGUCGUACGGGAGUCAUUUGGCCAAGGGACCAGCGCGUGGCGCACGAGAACGCGGCAUCUCUGCGUCGACUGCUGGGCAAGUGGCACGCCUCACAAGAACCGUAAUUUCAGCAAGCCGCCCUCGGCCACAGUCAAAUACAGCUUUGCCCCGGGAGACGGAGACUUUUGUCGGUGCACGGCAACCGAUGGCUGGCUUUGUGCUGGCUGCCGCAAGAAGCAGUGCACCGAUGUCGCUGCCCAGCGCGAGAGGUGUUUUGGCGAAGGGUGCUCGAGGCUGGCCGGGCUUGAGAAGGAACGGCGCAGCGUGUGUUUGUGGUGUGAUAUGCCGUGUGUGGUCAUUUCGACGACCCGGGCGACGGGGAUUAUCCAAGGGAGGUGA